AUGUGGGUGGAAUCAACGUCACCUGGUUAUGUGAGCGACGAUGACCCGAAGCAAGUUCCAGUUGGAGAAUCGGACGAAUCCGCCCCAGUUCCGGAGGUCAAGGUUUCCGCGUGCUCUGAGAAGAGCGUAAGUGCCAGUCCGCCUGGCAAUACGACCACUUCGACGACAGGGGUCGAUGAAGACCUGCCGACGUUUAAACAAAAAAUGGUGAUGGAUAGGAUGGACUCGAUAACGACAUCUGAAAAGAGUGAAGCGAAUUCUUUCGUCAGCUCAGAGGUGGACAAGGUGAGCCUCGUAAAGAUGAGGUUCAACUGUAAUCUUCACCGCGCUAGAGAGGAUGCAAAGAAAGAGGUCGAUUUGGAGAACUUUGACCGCUUCUGGCGGCAUCUCUACAACAAAUCCGAGACAAAAGAAGAGUCUACGAAGAAGGCCGGCGAUGAGGAGCGAGCGGACCGUAAAACAACCCGUCGACGGGGUCGAACCCCAACGCCUUCUAUCGAGCGAGUGGUCCUUUACUAUACGACUGAUCGUCGGAUAUCGUUGACUCCUUCGGCGUCGUCGUUAUCGCCGUCACCGGAGCCCACCUCACAGCGUUCUUUCGCUGCGGACUCCGGCAGACACCUUUUUAUCCAAUCGAAUAAGCCUCGCGUGCCCUCCCAAGAUUCCCUAUCUUCAGAACCAAUAGGUGACGUUGUGGUGCCAAUUGUUUCCCAGAAGCCACCAGUACCUCCACUACCUCAAGAAAGCUCUUCUGGGUCAGAACCAGCUCUUGAGGGUGAGGCUCCGGUUGUCGUCGAGAAGAAUUCUGUAUCCCAGCAAGACUCCACAUUGUCGAAGCUCGUCAAUCGGCCGCCAAGCGGUUCUGAACGCAGACAAAAGGAACAACAGGCUUUUGAACGUGGUAUCGUAAUCUUUGAGUCGGAGGAGACCACACCUAGCAGCGAAGAGGCAGCAGUGAAUGAAGCAAAGGGAAAAUCAGAAAGUUCUGCAUCCGUAGAGCAUAAGGAGGACGUUCUCGUAAGCCCAGUGGAAGAUAAUGUCUUUUUCCAACUUGACGAAUUUUCGGGAAGUGAACCAGAAGAGGGACGAGUGGAUAUUAGCCAUGUAUACGGUCGCCAUUAUAAUAUUGAGACUCUCAAAAAUCUGCAUUCAAACCGUUGA